AUGUAUCUGGAGGAACAAACCGUUUCAAGUUUGAGGUUUUUGGUGAUUUUCAAAUGUUACACUCCUGCAACUCAGUUUCAAUCGUUUAAUGAUCGAAUCAAGAAUAUUAAAAUCAAUUCAAUCCAUAGAGUGAUUAAAGUAUCGGAUGCUAGCGAGGAUGUCGAGUCAUUUUUUCAAGACACUUUGACUCAAAUGAGUGAUCUCAAUUGCACAACCCACUUUACUCUUUUUCAGCACGACAUCAGCAAAUAUACUGGGUCUUUGAUGCAGAUUCUGUACCAUAAAGAAUGUAUUGUCCAAGCAUUUGAAAAGCAUCUUGCCGUUCCAAAAAGUCAAGCAAUUCAGCCUAUUCUUAGUCUUGUUACUGCUCUUGCAAAAGAUCUUCAAGAAGAGUUUUAUCCUCAUUUCCCAGUUGUAUUUCAAUCAAUCGUAUUACUUGUCAAAUCCUCGACGCAUCCUGAAGUACUCGAGGCUGUAUUCAACAAUAUUGCUUUUUUAUUUAAAUAUUUAUCCAAGGAACUUUUAGUGGAUCUUGAAGCUACGUAUAGUCUUUUCAUUCCUGUUUUGGAACAUCCAAAACUUUAUGUGCGUUCAUUUGCCGCAGAAUCCUUUGGGUUUCUUCUUCGAAAAAUUAAAGAGGAAGACAAACGGAUCAAGGUCUUUACUUUUAUCAUGGAAACUCUCUUGACAAACAAUCUAAAUGAAUACAUUGAAAGUGUUAGUUUAGUAUAUUUUGAAACAGUCAAGCAAGUACAAGGUUCAUUUUGUUCAAAAUCGCCCCAAAUUUUCCAAAACAUUGUCACUAUUGCGCUUGAUCAAAAUGAAAAGCACGGAAAUAGUGCUGGAUUGCGAAUGUGCAAAAAACUGAUGGCUCUCAUGGGACACUAUGGCUCCAAGGAAUCCAUGUCUGAUUUAUGGAAAAUCAUGAUAAAUACAGUUGAUACUUUUAGCAACGCUUCCACUUCUGAACAAGUCUCACGAUUGAAUCAAAGCUUGGUGUUAAUUAGCCAGUGGAUUGGUCUUCGUCGUGGGUCGCGCAUUAACGAGUAUUCAGUUAUUUUCGAAUUGUUCAACAAACUGGCAACGCCAGUACUUUUAGGAAAACACUCCACUUCCAAGAUCCAAGCUACAUUUGUGCAAUCAUUUUGUUUGCUUUUAAUCAAUGCCCCCUUAGAAGAUGCCUUGGUGCGUGGAAGGAAUACUGUUGUAUUAAUUUGCACGUCAUCAAACUCUGAUUUGGCAUUCUAUCUGUUUGAAACGCUUCUGAGAGCCGAAUAUGUGCAUUUUGCGAAAUUCAUUUUUCCCUUUGCACUUGGGUUUGUACAGCAUUAUUGGAACACAAGUCCGGAGCGAUGCAUACUACUGUUGUCUUCAAUCCUGGGAGAUGAUUUUGAAAAAAUCUCCAAUCAGAUUCCCCACGCUCUCAAAGAUAAAACUAAAUUUAUUCGAUUCUCCGAAACUGAUGUAUUUGCUAGACGAUCUGACGAUAAAAGCUCAGCCUCAUUUACCAUCAAUAUUGGGUUGAAAACUCUGGAUUACAUCAAGAUGCGUGCCAACUUUAAUCAAAAAAGUGAUGAAUUGGAUGUGUCUCGUAUUGCGUUUCUUUACGCUGCUAUCUCUGUAUUGACGCAUCUUUCUGUACCAGAAGACGCAUUGUUUGACACGUACAAAAUACUUCUUGUCUCGAUUUUGCAAAAACUCAAGAGUUUGCCAGAAAUUACCAUCAACUCUGCGUUAGUCAUGGGCGAUGGUAAAGAAAUGCUCAAAUCACUUGCUGGAUCGGUAUUAUCUAGUAUGCAUAUACGAUCAAAAAAAACCGAGAUUUCUAUGGCUCAAAUUUGGGAUCUCGUCAUGGUGGAGUACCUAGAGUAUGCACAAACCAAUAUUUCUUUAUUAAACGGUGUAGCUGAUUAUGUUGAAAGUAUCAGCCUAUCUUCUGAUUCCAAGCAGUUACUUUCUGUAGACACACUGCCAUCCAUUGUUAAAUGUUUGCAGGAGAAUGUCGGAUCGGUGUAUUCUCCAGUACGACUUUGCAGUUUGCGUAUUUUGUGUGCGUUUGAACAAGUACCACUUAAACCAGUCAAGGACGUGUCGCUUUGCGGUCCUUGCCAGAUUUUUCAAAUAUGUUUGGAUUUGGAGCAAAUGUCCAACACUGUAGCCAAUGCUCGUGACAAAGUCAUUUUGCUUCGAAAACUGGAUAUUCUUGCAUCUUCCAAGGCUCUUCCUACUCUUUAUGAAACAAUCACUGUACGGUACCUCUGUGCCAUGUUUUCGGUCAACUUCAAUGUCAUCUGGCCCGAAGCUACAAAAGGAUUAGUCGCAGUCGCCAAAUCAUACAGUACUCAGUUUUGGCCGAUAUUUUAUAGUUUCAUUGAACUGGCCAAGGACAUGACUUCAGAUGAUUUUGGUCAUCAAAGUUACUCAAUCGAGACAAACCAAAUGGAUGCUCAGGGAGUAAAUGAGCUUUCUUUAGAUGCUACAAUAGAAAACGCUGAUCUAGAUGAGGGAGUUGAAAUAGACGAUGACAACAGCGAAGAGAGCGAUGGCGACGCAAUGGAGAUUGAAAAUAGCACCAAACUUGAAUCAAAAUCAAAGUACCGAAAAAACUUUGGAUCGAAAAAGUCUGGCAAGACACGAGGUUUCAAAAAGAUUCAAUUCUCUUGCUCCAAUCAAAGGGUAUUUGAAACUACUUGGAAAAAUGCAGUCGGAAAAUUCGAUACCGAGCAAUUAAGCAGCAUGGAGUUGUUUGUUUCUGCUACUCAGCCUGCUCUUGAAAGAGUUGAUUCUGUCAACAUCUAUUGCCUGUUAAUUCGAGCACUUGCUAGUCUUCCUGAUGUGGUGAAUCGUUAUUCCAAAGACAUUGUUCCACUCUUUCUUAAAAUGUUCCGCGACGAGUAUGAUGAUACUGCUCCAUCCACAGAAACAAAAGUAACCGAACUUGAUAAAAAGGCAAUCGACGAGACCGAGAAACCUGCAAAUACCUCUACACUUCAUGCUCGUACAAAGAUUUUGGCCUUUCUAGAGAUGUUUUCCAAGAUUCGUAAUUCAAAAGGGUUAGCAUUCUCUACAGAGCUAUUUGCAAUAUUCAAUCAGCUGCUGACAAAAGGUGAUGCCAAAGUACAAAAACACGCUUUGGACUGUGUACUAACAUGGAAUCAGCCAGGUGUUGCUGCAUAUUCUGGGUGUCUUUAUGGGCUUAUUAAUGACGAAAGUUUCCGUGACAGUCUAUCCACUAUUGAUAUGGAAGAUCUCUACUCCAAAAUCAAUACAGUAGAUCAGCCUGCGCUGAUGCAUACUAUUUCUCGAAUUCUAUACGGGAAGCUAAUUAGUCACCGACAAAGACAAGCGUCAAAAACAGGUUUAAAGGCUCGUCGUAUUGCAGUUUUUUCCUUUGUAGCGGGGCUUCAGACUCAAGAGCGCCAGUAUAUUAUCGACCUCAUGCUGAAACCAUUCAGCAAGAUUUUGUUACAAGCCGAUCCUGAAUCAGGCGGUUCUCUAGUUAUCAUCGACAAUGUAAAAUCGUCAAUGGUUGGCCCUCUCAAAAAACAAAUAGGUUUCAUGACUGUAUUGGAAGAUUUGUUCAAGCAGCUUCGCUCACUUAUUGCACCGCAUCUUUUUGGAAUCCUCAAGACCAUCAUUUAUCUUAUCCAUCAUUCAGAAACUGUAAUUCGAGAAGCUGCUAAUCAAGACAAGGAAUGUGUUUCAAUAACCCCAGAUUUUGAAUUGGGACAGCUUCGUGAAGUCCGUGUGCUGGCUGUUCAACGACUUAUUCAACUUUUUAGCACAGAAGUAGACUUUGAUUUUUCACCUUACAUCAAACCUCUGUUUGUAUCGCAUAUUUCUCAUCGGCUUUCUAGAUUCCAUAUUGAAAACACGCAAGCACCAAGCGCACUGCUUGAACUGAUUGCAUCUUGGUCAAAAAAUGUCAAGUAUAUUGGUUACCUGACAGAAUACGAUAGUACAUUACUACCAUCUGUUUUUUCACUGCUUUCUGCUAAAAAGGUUCACGCCAGUGUUGUUUCUGUUGUUGUUGGAAUGAUCGAGUCGAUUCAAAAACUGCAUUUGUCUUAUCCAGAUCUAGAGAUCAUGCAAACUAUGCUAAUUCCACACAUGACAAUUAUUUUGGGACAUCUGGAGUAUGUUCUUGAAAAUACUAUAUCCAGUGGAACUAAUGGGCGGCCAGUGCGUUUUUCGGGUGACAACAUUACUAUGCGGAUCAUCCGUGUCAUAUCUGCGUUGUCGAGCCAUGUCACUGUGGCUGGCAAUGCCGAAACACUAGUUACAAUGCUGCUUCCUUUUUUGAAACGUCCCGAUCGAGUUGUUCCUGAAAUCACCAAGGUUGAUAUUUUGGAAAUCUUUGGUCAAUUCAUACCCAUUUUGCCUACCCUUGCAACCGUAUCAGUAGACACGUCGGUAUACUACCCUGUGGUAUGUCAGUUAUUUAGUACUCUCAAAACUCGACUUGCUCGCACGAAGCUUUUGUUUGUAUUCAGACAGCUUGUUUCUUUUAACCCAAGCGAUUUGAGUAUUGUGGCAGAUUUACUGGAUGACAUGAAUGCAUUUUCUCCAAAAAGAAUGGACGAGCCUGAUUUUAAUCGACGAUUUGGUGCAUUUUCUAAAAUCAACGAAGAGCUUUAUACAACGCUUGAGCCGAUUCAGUGGAGGCCUAUUUUGUACAAUCUUGUUUUUUAUACUCAGGAGGAAGAAGAGUUUUCAAUUCGAACGAGUGCAUCGUAUGGCAUACAACGAUUUAUAACUCAGGCUGGUAUACAGCCUUGUAAUGACGUGACUCCAUUUGCUGCUGCGACGGGAGUUCGGAGUGAUUUGAGCUACAUGGAUCUUGUAUUGCAUCUCGUCCUUCCGAGCAUUAAAAUCGGUAUUAAGCACAAAUCCAUAACUAUUCGUCAAGAAUUUUGUACGCUAUUGGGUCAGCUUGUCGAAACUUUUCCCAGCAUGCCACAGUUUGAAGAUAUGACUGUAUUGCUUGCCAAGGGCAAUGACGAAGUUAAUUUCUUCAAUAAUAUUUAUCACUUGCAAGUUCAUCGACGUCAACGAGCACUCCGCCGAUUAGCAGAUGCCUGUAAUGCUCAUCAGCUUAAAUCCAACAACAUAGCCAACAUCUUUUUGCCACUUGUUUCUCACUUUAUUUUUGAGUCUGAUCGCAUUCAAGAGCAUAAUGUCAUCAAUGACUCUAUUGUCACGUUGGGUGCGUGUGCUGGCACGCUCAAAUGGACACACUAUUAUUCACUGGUGAAACGCUUUUUAAACUUGAUUGGAAAACAGCCCAGACUGGAAAAAAUUAUGGUGCGUUCGCUUGUCCAUAUUCUUGAUCAAUUUCAUUUUGAUUUGAUUGGCGAUAAAGGCGAAGAUGUGGCUGCCAUGGAUGUGGAUGAAAAGGACGCUACUGAUGCCGACAAUGACGAAGAUAAUAUAAUUGAAGAUGACGAGGAUGUGGAUGUGGAAACCAAAACAGAAACGGCUGCUGACGACAAGGAUUCAGAUAUGGAUGGAAAAAAUCAAAUCAAGACUGUUGAUUCUGAUACGAUUCAAAAAAGUAUCGAUUCAGUUGAAUCUAUUUUGUCGGAUCCUCAAACAGCUAAUGCAGAGGAUUGCACGUCUAAUAAGCAAGGGCUGACUGCUUAUCAGCUUCAAUCAGCCAAGAUUCUUGAUGCUACCAUUACAAAAAUACUUCCUCAUCUUCAGCGAAUCCUGUCGAUUAAAGAUGACGAAUCCAUUCCAAUUAGAAUCCCGCUUGCCAUUGCCAUUACCAAGGUUUUCAAGCAGUUUCCACUUGAAUCAAUGCACAUGUAUUUGCCAAAACUACUUUUGACCAUGUGCAAUAUUCUUUCGUCUCAUAUUCAAAGCGCUCGUGAUGCUACUCGCGAAACGCUUGUUAAAGUUGCUGUGAUGCUUGGGCCAAUGUAUCUUUCUUUUAUCAUCAAGGAAUUGAGAACAGCAUUGAGGCGUGGUUAUCAGCUGCAUGUACUUGGCUAUACACUUUUUUCACUCAUGACUGCUAUAGUCCCAAUCACCGAAGCUGGAGCCAUCGAUAGUUGUAUUAAAUCUAUUGUUGAUAUCAGCAUCAAUGAUAUUUUUGGUGAUACGGGAAAGGAACGAGAUGUAGAAGAACUGCGAGGAAAAAUGCGUGAGAUCAGGACAACUAAAUCGUUCGACACUCUCGAAUUAACAUUGCGAGUUUUGAGUCUAUCAAAAAUCAAUCUAGUCAUUGUUCCUAUCAAAGAGUUGAUGGCUGAAACUGGAAACAUCAAGGUUAUCCGGCAAAUCAAGGAGAUUUUUAGACGACUUGCGCUUGGAAUAAAUACCAACUCUGGCAUUAGUACGGUGGAGUUUAUGAAGUUUGUUCAUGGCUUGAUUACAGAAAAUUUGGCACUUGUGCAGUAUGAAACGAUAAAGCCCAGGGCAAUAUCCAAUGCUGAGCGUAACUUUUCUAUUCAGCUGAAGCGCAACGAUCCAACUGAGCCUCUCAAAUAUCUUCAAGCUAAUGCACAUUUGUUUGUUGAGUUUGGUCUUGAACUCUUGCAUACAGCUCUCAAACGUGAGCGUAUCGAUUUGCGCGAAAAGGAACAUUUACAAAUGAUGGAUCCACUGGUCGAUGUGCUUGAAAAAUCUCUUUGUUCUAAGCAUGUUACUAUUAAUGUAAUUACACUGCGCAUUCUGUGUAAUGUUAUACGUUCACCAUUGCCAUCACUCAAGAAGUUUUAUCCCGUUUUUGUCGAACGUGUUUUCCAAAUCAUUUCCGAGUCCACUACAACAUCGUCUGAGCUUGUUCAGAAAUGUUUCCGCUUUUUAACGAUCAUUUUACGCGAUUGCUCCGAGGUGUCUGUAUCUGAAAGCCAAAUCAUUACACUUGCAACAUUGAUUCAACCUGAUUUGGAAGAACCAGAUCGGCAAGCAACAACCUUUUCACUUAUUCGUGCCAUAUUAGGACGCAAGUAUGUGUUCAAGGAAAUUUAUGAUUUGAUGGAUAUUGUCAUCAAACUGCUUGUGACAAGUCAAAGCAGUCAAGUGCGUGAAUUGUCUCGACAGGCUUACAUGCAAUUUUUGCUUGAUUAUCCACACGGUCAUGUCCGAUUUCGCAAGCAAAUCACGUACAUGAUCAAAAACUUGGAAUAUGACCAUGAAACCGGCAGGGAAUCAAUCCUUGAAGUUCUUAGUAUUGGCAUUGCUAAAUUUUCUGAUGAAAUUAUCAAGGACUAUGCCGAAAUGUUGUUUUUGGCACUGGUCAUGUCUCUUGUCAAUGACUCCUCGUCACGCUGUAGAAAAUUGUCUGCAUUGCGUGUUGGAGAGCUAUUGAAACGACUAGAUGUAACAAAAUCAGAAAAAUCAAUUACAUUAGUUUUUAAAUGGUUUACGGAGCAUCAGCAACCUGCAUUGCGUCGCACAGCAGCACAAGUUUUUGGAAUUGUGAUUCAAACGUUUGGUAGUCGUUCGGAAAAAUGGGUUCCAAAUGUGCUUGAAAGUAUCGACAGUGCUUUGGUAUCAGUGAUUCAAGAGCUUGAGAAUCGAAUGAACGAUGCUGCAAUCCAUCUCACCAUGACAUCAUGUAUGGACGAGGAAAAUACAGAGCUGGCUCUGUGGGAACUAGGAUAUUACUCACUCAACACGCUGCUGCAGAUUGUGUCUGUUUUCCCUAGCGUACUAAACAACACUUUGCAUGCAUCUGAUUCUCAUGCAAUGAGGAUCUGGAAAAGUGUGAGCCAAUUGCUUCUUCAUCCACAUCAAUGGAUUCGUAGCAUGUCUGCCAAACUGAUUGGACUACUGUUUUCUCAUAUCGAUCCAGACACGCGAAGUGUUGGUGGAGUUGAACGUUCCACUAUGCAUGUGUUGAUUGCUCAGGAUUCGGAUAUCAAACAACUGGCUGGACGAUGCUGUGGGCAGUUGGAUUCUGAUUUAGUGUCGGAUGAGCUUGCAAAGCAAACAGUUAAAAAUUUGGUGUUUUUAGGUCGUUGCUUGGCACUAAGUAUUAACAAGGCAUGCCAAACAACGCAUGUCAAUGCAGAUGUGUCAAACACUGUGGAUUCAAAAAGCACACAUGACAAGGACAGUGGUGAUGGAAUAACAGGUACACAAGAUAAUGAAGCACUGGACGAUAUUGAACUUGUUCAAGUAGAAAACGAAAAAGGAAAUGUACUCAUGUGGCUUACUCGACGACUAUCAUAUCUGGCUCGUUUGGAUGCAAGCAAGAGACGCGGUCCUAUUUUGCGACGAAGCGUGUUUCAAUGGUUUGCUGCAAUCUCGAUGCACAUUCCUAAAGAAGUCAGUCAUCCAUACUACAUGUGUAUGAUUUCUACAUUGUAUCGAUCGGCCAAAAACGAUACUGCCAAGGGCCCAGCAGCAGAGGAAAUACAUCAACUUGCUCUCGAGGUGAUGAACAUGUUUCAAAAACAACUUGGAACAACAGCGUAUAUUGACAUGUACAACACAGUGCAUCUCAGCGUGGAAAAAGUGCGUAGAGAUAGACGCACACAGAAAUCGAUCCAAGCCGUUGUAGACCCGGAAGCAAGUUCAAGACGCCGUAUUCAAAAGAAUGUCAUGAAGCAGGCAAGUCGUAAACGCAAAUCGGAGGAGCAUUCAAAACAGCGCAUCCGAACCAAAAUAUCUAGAAAAGCAUAA